GUUUGAGAACAUGUUGGUGUUCUCAAAAACGCACCUCCUCCUUCCUCCAAAUGUCAUAGCGAAGUGAAGAGCAUAGUCUGAUGAGAGUAAAAUGUAGAGAGCAAACUGUCUUAAAUAGCGAAGUGAAGAAUCCAUACGCUGGCGUUUUCGGACAAUGGGUCAGUGCAUACUAUAUACACAUAACAUAUAUGUUCUGAAUCUACUCCCUUAGCUUGCUUGUAGCUAGUUUCUCAUUAUAUGUCAUCCAUCCAAAAAGGCCAAAAGCACAGUACAGUGAAGAAUCCGUUUUGUUAGUUCGUUUGAUUUUUUGCAUGGAGGAUUCCCUGUUCUUGAAGACAGUUUUAAAUUAUACUACAUAAAGAUGGAUGGAUCAUGGAUGCAUGGGCUGAUGUUUGGUUGUGUUUGCGAUGAAAAUUGAUGGUUUUGCUGUGUUGAUUAAAAAAAAAUGAUGAUGAUGAUAUUUGGAAUGGAUUGAGGCUGAUGAUUAAUCUAUCAUCUUCUUGAGGCGAUUGUUUCAAGGACGACGGUGUCUUCAAAAUUAAAGUAGGUAGCUAGAUUUCAAGGAAGGUUAAAACUUCAUUCUCCGAACCACAAAUGGAGUCCGCAAAUGAAAUCUGGGAAUCGCAUAAGAGGUUGGGAGAGAAAGUGGAAGGGUUGGAUGCAGACGUGGUUGCUAAUGAGACAUUUGUUUCUUCUUCUUCUGCUGCUGGUGGGUCGGAGCCCAGCACCAUUUUAGGCCCCUGCUUUAAGUCCAAUUUCCCUUCGGAGCUUUCCCCAUUUUACCCUCUAGCACAAGGGGAGAAGCUCUUCUUCCACAGCUCACUGCCCCUUGAGCCACCUGAGACGGGUGGUGGGUGUGGCAAGUGCUGGCCAAGUGUGAACCGGAGCUGGACCGAUUGGGUGGAAAAGGUAGAAAGGUCCAAAGGCCGGGUCUGGAAAUCAGCUGGGAUCUAUGACGCUAUCCACCUCUCCAAAAUGGAUAUCCCCCUUGACCGGAACCUCAUUCACGCCGCCUUGUUCUUUUGGUCAGUCUCAACCAACUCCUUCCAUUUCAGGUUCGGCAUGAUGGGCCCCACGGUGCUCGACAUUGCUGCACUGACCGGCCUCAGACCGCACGGCGAGGACGUCAGCGCCAUUCUUAGUGGGCCUGAACCUCCACCCACCAUGAAAAGCAGCUGCGGCAGCGACAAAUCCGCAGUGGCGGAGGAUGAACAUGUGUCUUUUCUCGUCGAGUGGCUCUCCAAGUACCUCUUUUGCGACCCCUCAGGGGGCAGGGGCGGGGAGUUCACCAAAUUGGCCUUUGCUCUCUCGGGCGGGAGAAAGCUCGCCUUGGCGCCUCUAGUCUUGGCCAGUCUCUACGGCGUUUGUAGAGACAUUGUUGUGAACAAUUAUAAGUGUGACAGCGGCGGCCCGUUAUGGAUAUUGCAGCUCUGGAUACAGUCCUACUUUCCCGAAUUCCGCCCUCCGGUUUCGGCGAUUGUGAAUUCCCGAACGUACGGAUACCCUUUGGCCAAAAGCGGCGUGCUGAGGCCUCACACUUUCAACCAGUGCUUCACCUUCUUCCUCACGUGCCCUUCUAGGACCCCUGCCCAGUUCACCCCCUUCUUUCACAGCACUUGUGGGCCCGAGUGGUUCAAGAAGUCAGUAGACCCCGCCUCACGGGAGCUUCCGUGGAAGGAAAUGAACGAAAUCUGGGGCUCCUAUCUCCUCCCACGCCACCUCCGUUGCCUCGGGCCAGCCUCCGCUUAUUCUCCAAACCAGUUUGCCCGACAGUUUGGAUUGACACAGGCGGUCCCCCUCCCGUUGUGCCACGCCCCCGAAUCAACUUAUGAUUUGCUGAGGAGGAAGUUCUGCUUGGUUUCUUUUAAAACCGAACCCAGAUCUACCUGCUUCUUUGAUUUCUGGUGGUCCGCUUACAUACGGCGGCGGAGCACCAAUAGGACAACUGGUACUAGCGUGGCGCCGCCGCCAGCAAUAGUUACUCUCACUUCACAUGCAAUGAGAGCAAGGUACGAACAGUCUGCUGCUGCCAGCAACAAGAAAAUGAAGCGUCAAGGGAAAUCUGUUCCCUCACAAGCUGAGAUUCUUAAAAAACGAAACAUCUCACAUAACAAGCCAGCAGUCAAGUCGAAGGGGAAAACACCAACUCAUCUUUCAGCAGCAGCAGCAGCACAUAGAGAAGGGUCACCCCUGCCGCCGCCUCUAUCAGGGACAAAUUAUACUACUCCUGUCAAAUCUGUUCCCACAUGCUCUACCAAGCCUUCACAAACUGAAAUGGACAAGGUCACAAAUAUGCCUGUUUUGGGCGAUGAUGCAACCUCUAUCACCUCAUCCUUCACUUCCGAAGAUGAAGAAGUGGCCGUAAUGCCUGAGCAACCAUUAACCAAUAGUAGUGGCGGGAAAGUGAUACCCGACGAAACCAUACAAGUUGACGACGUGGACGACUUUUUUGCACGCGUGGAAGCCCAACUAAGGAAAGCCCAAUCUCUCAGCUCUGCAGCAUGCCAUUCUCCAUCCGUAGCAGCAAAUGAUGAACCUCCUUCUGCAGCCGCACUUGCAAGAGCCAGAGAUGAUAUAUGUAGACUUGUAUCGAUCCCUUUCCAGGAUGUUGUUCUUGUGCCUGAAAACUACUCUGCUCUCAAUGCUGCACUCUCUGUAUACGCCGCCGCUGAUCGCUGCUCUAUUGGAGAUGAUAAUGACACUUUGAAGAAACUCCAGACAACCCUUCCGGACCUGUGCUCCACUCUUCGUCGGGGAAAGAAGGAUCAGGCGGAGUUCUUCGCAGAAGCUGAAAAGAAAGCGCUUCUUAUCGAGGAGCUAAAGAAGGCCCAGGAGCUAUACUUCAACCUGAAGGAUCGCCAGGAUAAAAUCCUUUCUGCCAUGGAUUCUAUUAAGAACCAAAUGAAGGAACUGAAGAGGAGCUGGAAGGAGGCCAAGAUGAAAACCAAAGCAGUUCAAGUCCAGAAACUGAGUUUGGGAAAAGAUUGUUUCGCUAAGUGUUCCGCUUUAGAUGUAAUGGAAGCUGAGUUGCGCGUCAUGGAGCAGAAGAAAGAAAUGGCGGAUUCAGAUAUUGCACGAGCGGAGGCUUGUUGGACUGACUUUAAGCACAAACUUAUGAAGUGCCUACUUUGAUCAGCUUCUUCUAUAUAUAUAUAUAUAUAUACUAAUAUACACGCCCUUAAUAGCUAGCUAGAUGCUCAAUUUUCAAGGUGUAACUCACGCAUGAGUUGCAUGACAUGUAUACCCAAUUAAGUACCUAGCUAGCUUAGCAUGCUAAAUUUGUACCGAUAGUAUAUAUUAAGCUAUUUAACUCUCAAUCUUGGCUUCCAAGAAAGAUGCAGGCAGCAUGCAGGUAAACACUGUCUUUUGCUGUGCGCGUAUAAAAUGGCAGACUGGUAG